AUGGCCAUUGACAAUGGAAGCGAGCACGUGGUGGAGGCCGCGAUCCACAUCGAGAAUGUUGGGGAGGAACCUCACCGGGGGCAGCCAACCAGCGCGCCAUGGGGUAACAACAAUGGACAACAAGACGGUCGACCACCUGCUAUCGCCAUCGUGGGCAUGGGAAUGAGGUUUCCUGGUAACAUCCGAACUGCAGAGGACUUCUGGUCGUUGCUGGUGGAGAAAAAAAGCGCUGUGGGUGAGAUUCCUCCGGGCAGGUACCACGGAGACUCAUUCUAUCAUCCCUCCAGGCCCCAUGUGGUAAAGACGAAGCAUGGGUAUUUCCUCCAGGAAGAGUACCUAGGCAAAGUUGAUCCAGGAUUUGUUGGAAGACCCCAUGAAGCUGGCCUAUUGGAUCCCCAACAAAGGAUUCUCCUCGAGGUUGUCUGGGAAUGUAUGGAGAAUGCUGGCCAGUCGGACUGGAGGGGUCACGAUAUCGGCUGCUUUGUAGGGACCUUCGGUGAGGAUUGGCUGGAAGUCACCAGCAAAGACUUUCAGGCUAUAGACCGUUUUAGAGCAAUGGGUACUGGUGAUUUUGCGCUUGCCAACCGGAUCUCAUUUGAAUUCGAUCUAAAGGGCCCGAGCAUCACCUACAAAACGGCAUGCUCGUCCUCCCUGGUCGCACUACAUGAAGCCUGUCAGGCCAUCCACUCAGGCGACUGUUCAUCAGCCAUUGUCGGCGGUAGUAGCAUUAUAUUCUCCCCUACAAUGUCAAUCACCAUGUCAGAUAGCUUGGUGUUAGCCCCUGACGGUCGAUGCAAAACUUUCGAUGCUUCAGCCGAUGGAUACGGACGUGGAGAGGGCGUGAAUGCCAUCUAUAUUAAACCGCUAGACGCUGCCAUUCGAGACGGUGAUCCAAUCAGGGCAAUCAUACGUUCAACUGCAACAAACAGUGACGGGAAAACUCCAAACAUCUCCACGCCAGAUCGACAGAGCCAAGAGAUACUGAUCCGUAGAGCAUAUAGUCGGGCGGGAAUCAGUGAUCCCUGCCAAACGGCCCUGUUUGAAUGCCAUGGAACUGGAACAACAAUGGGCGAUGUUACCGAAACCGAGGCGGUCGCGAGAAUCUUUGGAGAGAAGGGGAUAUUAAUUGGUGCGGUGAAACCAAACGUUGGCCACAUGGAAGGUGCUUCUGGCUUGACCAGCGUCAUCAAGGCCGUCCUUUCCUUAGAGAAUAGAAAGAUUCCUCCUAAUAUAUACUUUGAAAGACCGAAUCCAGAGAUUCCAUUCAAGGAGGGCAAGUUAGAAGUUCCAAUAGACACUUUACCAUGGCCAGAAGACAGGGAGGCUCGCGUUAGCGUUAACAGCUUUGGAAUAGGUGGAGCAAAUGCGCAUGUCAUUUUAGACGCCUUCAAACGGCGUGCCCCGAUGCCAAUAUCGUCGCACGAUGGAAGUUCAAACCAACUCUUGGUCGUUUCUGCAUGGAGCGGAAAUGGACUUGAUCAAAAGAUUCAACAGCUUCAGUCAUAUCUCGACCAACACCCUGAAUCCUUCAAUGAUGUUGCUUACACGCUUGGGUCUCGCAGGGAUCAUCUGGCUCACCGUGCAUUUAUGAUUACAGACGGCAAAACGGGGAUUUUAGAAGGCUUCCAAAGAACAUUUUUACCCGAGUCGCAGAGGUCAGAGUUGAUAUUCGCUUUCACAGGUCAAGGUGCUCAAUGGCCUGGGAUGGCCAAGGGUCUCAUCGAACGCUACCCCCAAUUUUACAGAGACGUGCAGGCAAUGGAUGAGACACUUCGAGGUCUCCCGAUGCCGCCAAAGUGGAGUUUACAUGAUACCUUGAUGGAGGGCAACCAAAAUACAAUGGACCGUGCCGAGUGCUCCCAGCCGCUAUGCACCGCUAUCCAACUGGCUAUCAUCAACAUUCUCGCCUCAUAUAAUAUCAGCCCCUCUAAGGUGAUAGGUCACUCGAGUGGAGAGAUUGCUGCUGCAUAUGCGUCGGGUGCCAUCUCCAUGGAGACCGCCAUUAUUCUAGCAUAUUAUCGUGGCCAGGUAUCAUCCCAGUGUGAAGGCAAAGGGGCGAUGCUAGCAGUGGGCUUGAGUCCAAAACAGGUCCGAUCAUACAUCACAGGGGGCGUUGUCGUAGCAUGCUACAAUAGUCCCGAGAGUGUGACGCUAUCAGGAGAUAGCGAUUCUCUGGAUGAAGUGGCAGCUAGAAUACGUGCCGAUGUACCAGAUACUCUGAUGAAGAAGCUACCUGUUCAAGUGGCCUAUCAUUCUAGCCAUAUGAUGUUUGCAGCCGCCCAUUAUGAAGAAUUGAUUCGCCCCCAUAUUACCUGCAGGCCAAACAUGCUAGCCCGGAUGUUCUCGACCAUGACAGGCCAGGUGAUACAUACUCCAAGCCAGCUGGAUGCAGGAUAUUGGAGGGCAAACCUCGAAUCACCAGUCCAAUUCACGGCUGCCAUGGGCGCAGCCUUAAAGUCGGCGGCUGACACACCGCAGCCACUCGUCCUAGAGAUUGGGCCGCACUCGGCUCUUUCAGGGCCUAUCCGCCAGAUAUCCAAGGAUAUAGAGAAGUUGCAUUCGUAUUGUCCGACCGUGGUGAGAGGAGAUGACUCUACUUCUACAUUCCUCGAUGCAGUGGGUCAGGCAUAUCUACAUGGUGCCCCGGUUCGCUUUACAGCGGUCAAUGGAACUGGAUCCUGCUUGAAUGAUCUAUUACCCUACCCCUGGCAAUACGAAAACUUAGGCUGGUCCGAAACGCGACCCCCACGGCAAUGGCGUUUGCGCAAGUUCCCACACCAUGAACUGCUCGGUUCUCGUACACUGGAGUCGAGCGACAUGGAGCCAUGUUGGAGAAACGUCUUUCGCCUUGAUGAGGCUCCAUGGAUCUGGGACCACAGCGUUGCUGGCCAGAUCGUCUUUCCUUGCGCUGGAUAUAUUGCCAUGGUAACGGAGGCGGCCCGUCAAGUCACGGCAUCUGAUAGUAUCACAUUACGGAAUCUCUUGAUUCGGACAGCUUUGAUUGUGGAACCCAGUCUAGAAUAUGAGCUUCUGACUAGCAUACGACCGGUGGCAGUUAAUGACCUGGUGGAAUCAUCAUGGUACGACUUCACGGUGUAUUCGUAUGACGGUACCUCGUGGAAAAAGCACUGCGCUGGGCAAGUCAAGUCCGGCACCCCCUCCACCCUGCUGCAACCCCCAGGGAUCCCGGUGUACCCUAGAGCCGUCUCUUCAUCGUAUCUAUAUCGGCAGCUAAAGAAGGCGGGGUUGAAAUAUGGGAAGAACUUCCAAGGCCUGAAAGAUAUCACCGCCAGUCCUUCGACUUAUGAAGCUGCAGCGACAGUGCAAGAUGACCUGCAGCUACAUGGUGGACGUUAUCUGAUUCAUCCCACUGUGAUUGACCAGUGCUUACAAUUACACUGUGUGGCGGCAUGUCGUGGCCUCACACCGGGAAUGGGCGUUGUGGGCGUCCCCUCAUAUAUUGGAGAGGUAUACAUAACCCACAGUAGCGAAACUAUGUCACUCGGCGUCGGUCCUACUGUCUCCAAGGCUAUUACCGAUGUCUUGGGUGGAGAUGCACGUCUCAUUCGAAGUGAUGGGACAAUCGCGUUGUCGAUGCGCGACGCCCGUUUCUUUGCCCUGGAAAAUGAUGGAAAGGUGCGUCAAGAGCCUUUUCUGUGCUCGUACAUGAAGUGCCAGCCGGAUAUCCGUCUCAACCCUGCAAAAGGCUCUGUCAAAAGGGCUGCUGUAGAUACGGGGCUAGAAGUAACGGCCAGACUUGCUGUUUUGGCAAUCCUAGAUUACGAUAUCCUGGUGCGUGACCUCACCCCCACGGUGCCUCAUAUGGUUAAGUAUCAGCAAUGGAUUAAGUCCGAAGCGCUGCAAAUAAGAACAACAGACUAUCAUGGCAUUGGAGAAGCACGACAAUGGGCGCAGAUUAGUUCCGGUGAGCGACUGGACCUUUGGAAUACACUUCUUGACAAGGUUGCCGAUGUCCGACUCUCGGGCUUUUUCGCGGAUGCCAGAUCCUGCCUGGCAUCAGAGAUGGACUCCCUGAUGACGGGGAAAUCAUCCGCUGCUCAGCUGCUUACAUCGCGGGACUCCUGGAAAGACCUCUAUGCCUAUGCCGUCGAUAUCGUUGAUUGGCACCGGUUUUUUGAGCUUCUUGGUCAUUCCAGUCCUCAGCUGCGGAUCCUGGAAAUCGGUGCUGGCACAGGCUCUGCUACUGCAGGCGCAUUGAGAGCUCUUGUUGAUUACAGAGGCGACCGAUCCUUCUCUCGCUAUGUAGUCACGGAUAUUACGCCUGGAUUCCUGAUACCGCUACAGGAGCAACAUGGCAGUCAGCUCGAGUAUGCGGUUCUCGAUAUAUCACUCCCGCCUGCAGACCAGGGGUUUGAUGUCAGCAGCUUUGACCUGGUUAUUGCAUCCAAUGUUAUACAUGCCACACCGAGUCUGAACAAAACGUUGUCUAAUGUGAAGACGCUGCUGAGGCCGGGUGGCUGGCUCAUGCUUCAUGAGCUUUCGGCUGCGGUUCCGUAUGUAGAUUGGGUGAUGGGUACACUACCCGGAUGGUGGCUUGGGGAGGCUGACCAGCGUCUCGGUCGGCCAUAUGUCACAGUGGAGAGAUGGAACGACGAACUCGUCAAGGCCGGUUUCACAGAAAUAGAAGAUGUUGCUUAUGAUGAAGAUUUCCCAUUCCAGAUGUCCGCCACCAUGAUAGCAAGAAGCGUCCCAACGAAGCCACCCGUGCCUGUCGUUAGCCUUCUCGGGACACGGGAGACUCAACAGCAUCCCUGGGCGGGCGUGAUAGAGAAGAAACUUUGCGACCAAGGCUACACUAUCCAGUGGUGUAUGCUCGGGGAAUGUCCUAAGGAGAGCUUCGUCAUUUCGCUCCUCGAUCUCGAUGGGCCGUUCCUUUAUGACUUGCCCGAAGUGCCAUUUUCCCAACUCCGGAAUUAUUUAUCCAUUGGACGACAGACACUCUGGAUUACGCGGCUCUCCCAAAAGAGCUGCCAGGACCCUCGAUAUGGACUCAUACACGGCUUCAGCCGUACCAUCCGGGCGGAGACUGGCAUCGAUUUCAGGACCGUUGAGGUGGACGAGUUCAACGACACCACUGCAGACGUCCUAAUGCGCGUGUGCAGAGACUGCCUUGAUGAGAAGGCCAAUCCAUCUGGAAAGGACUUUGAAUACUCCAUCGAAGAUGGUCAGGUAUAUACCUCGCGAUGUAGUCGCCUAACAAUGGAGGAGCAACUCGGGGUUUCGGGUAACGAUGGACCACUUCGCCUCCAUCCUGAAACGCGCGGUGUUCUAGACACGCUCCAAUGGGUAGAAGAGGAAGAACAAAAGACCCUUCAGCCGAAUGAAGUCGAGGUUGACAUGAAGUAUCUGAGCUUGAACUUCAAGGAUCUCAUGUUCGCCUUGGGACUCUUGGGAAACCAUCUUCCUCUAGGUAUAGAAGGCAGCGGUGUUGUCCGACGAGUGGGUUCCGCAGUGGGUGACCUGCACGAGGGAGAGGCAGUUAUCAUCAUUCAGCAGGGCACAUUCAAGACACGGUUGGUUACGAGGGACCUGAAUUGCAUGCGUAUCCCAGAUGGAAUCUCCCUCGAACAGGCAUCCGCGAUGCCCUGUGUUUACGCAACGGCCAUCUACUCUUUAUUAACUUUAGGGAACCUGAAAAAAGGACAGUCCGUUCUUAUCCAUGCAGCCUGCGGUGGUGUUGGUCUGGCGGCGAUCGACAUCUGCCGCAUGGUUGGUGCAGAGGUUUACGCUACUGUUAGCAGCGAAGAGAAGAUCCGCUUCCUCAUACAGACAUUCAAUAUCCCACGGGAGCGAAUAUUUGACUCUCGCAGCGUCUCGUUCCGCGGCGGCGUCCUCGAUGCGACAGACGGACGUGGUGUAGAUCUUGUCCUGAAUUCGCUAGCGGGCGAGCUCUUGCACGCGUCUUGGGACUGCGUUGCUCCCAUGGGCAAGAUGAUAGAAAUCGGCAAACGCGACAUGCUGGAGCAUGGGAAACUUGAAAUGGUGCACUUUGCAAAUAAUCGCUCCUUCUUCGGUGUUGACUUGAGCGAGAUGCUCGAGGACUGCCCGGAGCUUGUUCGGGGUUCCAUCAAUGAGAUGUUCAUCUACUGUCAAGAUGGGCGACUACAGGCGCGUUUGUUUCCACGCAUGUUCGAGGCCAGCGACAUUGCAGCUGCCUUCCGCCACAUGCAGACCGGUAGGCACAUCGGUAAGAUAGUAGUCAAGAUGCCGGAAGAUCCUCACAGUCUCAAAAACAAGCCGAUUGAAAGAAAAUACGUCUUCUCACCUACCAGGUCGUACCUGUUAGUAGGUGGAUUCGGCGGUAUUGGUCGCUUGCUAGCAACGUGGAUGGUCACUCAGGGCACCCGACACUUGGUGAUCAUGUCACGCUCGGCAGGUCAAUCCGACUCCGACCAAAAUUACAUCAAGGAGCUCGAAAGCCAGGGCUGUACCGUUACGGUAGUCCAUGGCAGUGUUGAAGACCCAAGUAGUGUCGAGCAAGCGGUCUCCGCCAGCGAGCAUGAGCUGGCCGGCGUCGUCAACCUCUCCUUAGUACUACAGGACGAAUUCUUCGCCAACAUGUCCUACACCCAAUGGCUCGCCCCCCUAGGCUCAAAAGUCCGCGGCGCAUGGAACCUACACAAUGCCUGUUCCGAGAAGCAGCUCGACUUCUUCGUCCUGUUCAGCUCCGUCGUCGGCACGUCCGGCAACCCCGGCCAAUCCAGCUACGGCGCCGCCAACACCUUCGUUGACUCCUUCGUGACCUACCGCCGGACCCAAGGCCUCCCAGCCUCACGGGUCACACUUGGCGCCGUCGAAGAAGUCGGCAAUUUCAGCCGCAACACACGACUCCUGGAGCUCUUCCACGCGCAAUCGCGCUUCUCCCUCUCAGAAAAAGACGUAAUCGACUCUUUCCGCCUCGCCCUGCCCCAUACCAUCUCUAGCUCCACUCAAGCCCCCCACCCCCUCGACAUCAUGGUCGGCGUAACCUCCUUCCUAAACCCCGACGAACUCUCCACCACAAAAACCCACUUCGACCAAGACGUCCGCUUCAACAUCCCCUCCCUCAUGCGUCCCACCAAAGGCCCCGAACACAACCAAGAAGAUGACGUCCUCCUGCGAUUAUUCGAAUCCAUCGCCAAUGACCCCUCCUUCCUCAACGACCCGAAAUGUGAAAGCACUAUCAUCCGGGAACUCGGGAAACGCGUAGGUAACUUUUCGGCUCAGGCGGGCCUGGACGAGAAACAGAUCGCCAGUUUCCCAAUUGAUUCGCUCAUGGGGUUGGAGGUGAAAUAUUGGAUUCGUCGGAGUUUGGAUUUGGAGACCUCCGUGUUGGAGAUUGCGCAGGCGAAGACGGUUGCGGGUGUUGCGGGGUUGGCCAUGAAGGGGUUGAGGGCGAAGUAUGGGAUUGGGGCGCCGGAGACUGCGACUGCGGCUGCGAAUGCAAGUUAGGUAUAGAAUUGCUAUAGGAAGUCGGAAUUAGGAAGAUAGGAGGUGGUGAACUGGUGGUGUGAUCGUCC